GCAGGACACUGCUGGGCUCGUCAGGGAUUCUCGCUCUCCUUCUUUGGGGGAGCAACUACCAGGACAAGAUGCUGCAAAGCUGAACUCGCAAGAGAGCCCAGCCCGAAGCAAGGAUUCGCACAGGAGUUUGUCCAGUCGCAGCCAACACUCGCUCCAUGACAGUACACUCAUUCUCUACAAGGACUCCUCGAAUCUAAAAGGAUGGAUCUGUUGCCGCACAACACUUUAGUCCUCACAGUCUACGUUUUCGCAUUCCUGACUGGCCUACCUUCCAAUCUCUUGGCUAUCUACACAUUUGUGCUGAAAGUACGGCAGAAGCCAGCCCCUAUAGAUAUCCUCUUGCUCAACUUGACCAUUUCCGAUAUUAUCCUCCUGCUCUUUCUGCCCUUCAAGAUGGUGGAAGCUGCAUCGGGCAUGACCUGGCCAUUGCCAGACUUCCUCUGCCCCCUCACCGGCUUCUGUUAUUACAGCAGCAUUUAUAUCAGCACCCUUUUCCUCACCGCUGUCAGCGUGGAGCGCUACUUGGGCGUGGCUUAUCCCAUCAAAUACAAACUGAACCGCAGGCCGGCCUAUGCAGUGGUCGCCAGUGUUGCCUUCUGGCUUCUGGCCUGUUCCCACUGCAGCAUCGUUUACAUCGUCCAAUACCAGGUGGUUGAUGCUAACGAGACCAUCCCGUCUCCUUCCAACGUCUCCAAAUGCUACGAGAAGUUUUCCCCCAGCCAGCUCCGCAUCCUCCUCCCCGUCCGGUUGGAACUCUGCAUCUCCCUCUUCUGCCUCCCGUUCCUCGUCACUCUGUUUUGUUACGUCAACUUGAUCCGCAUCCUGACUUCCUUGCCCAACAUACAAGCCCGCAGGAAACAACGGGCCGUGGGCCUGGCUGUGGCCACUUUGCUCAACUUCGCCAUCUGCUUUGCUCCGUACAACAUCUCCCACAUCGUGGGCUUCAUCCAGAACCAGAGUCCACCUUGGAGAGUGUACGCUUUGCUCCUGAGCACCCUCAAUGCCUCUUUGGACCCGGCUAUCUUCUACUUUUCCUCCACCGCCAUCCAACAGACUUUUGCGAGAUGUUUUGCUGGCAUGGGCCGCAAACUCCAGGUCUUUAUGCCACGGCGUUACUGGCUCUGCGUGGCCUGCUGUGACACCGAGGGAGAAAAUAACGGGAUUGAAAAAUCAUCCAUCUCUAACCUGGGGGAGCCAGCUACUGAAAGGAUUGGCAUGAAGAGGUAG